CCUUUCUUGCUCUCCGGCCUAAUCCCACGACGGCGGCUCCGACGAAGAGAUUCGAAGUCUCCAAUUCAAACCUCAAAAACCCACGCGGUAUCCGUAUCACCGUUAAAUCUGCACCGACUACAAAUCAGGGUACGAAUAUUUCCCGAUCGAACAUUGCAGUCAUUUGCUCCGAUUGUGACCAAGUUCAUCGAUUCCAAGAUCCAAGAGAACGAACCCACCAUUCGUUCCCCUAUAUUCAAUUGCAAGGGUCAGGUUGAGCGGGAGCACUGCUUUGUUCCUGCAAAACCCACUCAGAGACUCCUCCCAAGGGUGAUGGGGUCAAAUGAUGAGGCCUCAAGUGACGACUCUAGCGGAAGAAAUAAGAGAAGAAAACUCAGAGAAAGGUUUGCUGUCAGGAAAGGCGAGACCAAUGAAUCGACCCAUGGUAGUCCUGGAUUCCACAUUAGUGUGUUUGAAGGUAUAUCAUUGUUGAAAUCGGGAGUACCUGCUGUAAAAUCUGACGUGUGGAGGCUUAAAUCAACAGUGGGAUGUUUAGUUACGAAUAAUGAGACUUUGAAACAACAAGUAAUUCAAGUACAAGAGUUGGUCUGUAAACUGUAAGUCGGUGGUAUUGAAGGUAUUGUUAGUAAGGUAAUACAUAAUGUGACGAUAAUGGGGGCAAACACCAUCUAUAAGGUUGCUGAAAAUAUUAUCCCUCCCAUGAAGGAGAAUGGUGAGCAUGAUUUGGUGGCAGACAUUUGCAAGGAGUCACAAAAACAGAACUUUAGUCUCAACACCCCAAUAACAUUGGACAGCGGUGGAAAGCAUCGAAUCUGUGGGGAAAUCCCUGCAAACAAGGUUGACCAUUUGGCAGAUAAGAGGGAGACGGACAAAGGAAAUGAAAAAAGUGACACAAUGGAAGAGGCCAGACGUAGAAACAGAAACAAGAAUUUUCCUUUGAUCAGAAAGAUAUCACAGAAGGAUUCUAAGGUCUUAAAGUCCUUAUUUGGGAAGCCAAGGAAAGGAGGACAUGAGUCCAGGGAAGAAGUUGCCUGCAGUGGGGAUUUUGGGGUGUCCCUUGAGGAUAUUGGUCUUUGCCCGACCGUCUCAAUUUCUUCGAAGGUCAUAAACAUUUGGGUGGCGUACUUGUGUCAGACCAACUCCGACUCAUGGUUCUUGCCUACUUUCUUUGGGGAACAAGCCAGGUUAAAUGAGGAUCCAUCUGUUGUCCCUGUUUCAGUGGCAUUAACAAUUGCUCAUUGUCGGCUGCAGAGGUUCCAUAGGCGAUUAAAGCAUUGUGUUCAGAUUUUCAUCCUGUUGCGUGAUGAAAUCACAAACCAUUGGUUUUUGUUGGUUAUGAAACUAAAGGAGAAAAUUGCCAAGUUUUGGGAUUUCGUGCCAGAAUUGACAUCAUUGAAUAGACGAAUUGAGAUAGCAAGAGCCACCAUGCUUCUGCUGCAGACGGUGUUUGCAAGUGCAAUGUUAAAGUCCUUCAAUGUUUAUUACAAUUUUCCCUCCUUUCGCCUCUCAUACCGCAUACAACAAAUAUGACAGUGGGAUCUACAUCAUGAUGCAGAUGAAGUGUUUUUCUUGAUAUUUAAUUAUUUUACUGCAUGAGUCUUUGUUGAAAUAAAAGUGCUAUAAUUGAUAACUUUUGUUACAACAUAAUAAAAGUGUUAUGCAUUUCCUUUUAUUUUGGAUUACUGAUCAGUACACAUUUUUUUGGAAAUAAACUAUCUGUAGACCUAUUGAGAUAUGACUAUUUCAAAAGCAAAACCAUAUCAUUAUUGAGAACAUGUUGUUUGAGCCAAGUAUGGGAGAAUGUUUUGAUCUUCAAGGACCAUAAUUUGAUGGUUUUGUAUGAAGCUGUAUAACAUCUAAAAGAAGAAAAAAGUGAGACAGCAAUGCAAAUGGUUUGGUAUAGGAGAAUGAUAUGGUUU